AUGGUGAGCAGACAGAAAAGAAUAUCAGUGAAGAUAGUGAGCAGACACAAGAGAGUAUCAGUGAAGAUGGUGAGCAGCCACAACAGAGUAUCAGUGAAGAUAGUGAGCAGACACAAGAGAGUAUCAGUGAAGAUAGAGAGCAGACACAAGAGACCAGAAGAGAGUAUCAGUGAAGAUAGAGAGCAGACACAAGAGAGUAUCAGUGAGCAGACACAAGAGAGUAUCAGUAAAGAUAGUGAGCAGACAAGAGAGAGUAUCAGUCAGCAGACAGAAGAGAGUAUCAGUGAGCAGACAGAAGAGAGUAUCAUUAAAGAUAGUGAGCAGACAAGAGAGAGUAUCAGUGAGCAGACAGAAGAGAGUAUCAGUGAGCAGACAGAAGAGAGUAUCAGUGAGCAGACAGAAGAGAGUAUCAUUGAAGAUAGAGAGCAGGCACAAGAGAAUAUCAGUGAAGAUAGAGAGCAGACACAAGAGAGUAUCAGUGAAGAUAGUGAGCAGAGAGAAGAGAGUAUCAGUGAAGAUAUUGAGCAGACACAAGAGAAUAUCAGUGAGCAGACACAAGAGAGUAUCAGUAAAGAUAAAGAGCAGACACAAGAGAAUAUCAGUGAAGAUAGUGAGCAGACACAAGAGAGUAUCAGUGAAGAUAGAGAGCAGACACAAGAGAGUAUCAGUAAAGAUAGUGAGCAGCCACAAGAGAGUAUCAGUGAAGAUAGUGAGCAGCCACAAGAGAGUAUCAGUGAAGAUAGUGAGCAGCCAGAAGAGAGUAUCAGUGAAGAUAGUGAGCAGACACAAGAGUUUCAGUAA